CAGAUGGGCUCGCGGUCUCCUUGUCUCUCGUUCGGUAUCGGAUAAGAGACCGAUACGCGAAAAUGUCGCACGACGCACCGCGACCCGGCGGGGUUCUUAUGUACUCACCACCCAAGAGGGACAAGAAGAAAGAGAGCACUUCCAAUCCCUCGGAGUUUUUACUUUUGAAGCCUUUUUCAAGAUCACCGAACUUACAGAUCGUCGUACCAAAACCUGGCGAAUCUCGGAGUACGUUGCUCACCGUGCAGAACAUCGACGACUACUCGUCACGCGUUUACUUCAAGAUACCCGCAGACAAGAAGAUUGUGAUCCGUCCGGAGGCCCUGAUUAUCCACCCGCAAUCUGUAGAGGUUUUCGAAAUCAUCGCGGUCGAAGCAGAAGAAUCAUUCAGAGUCACGAUUCAAGUGUUUGCGCCGGACAUCAAAUACUACCGUGGCGGACAAGUCAGUGUUGCUGUCAACGUCAAGAAGAUUGUCAAUUCGGAGAAGAAGAAGAAACCCAAACCGGUGAUCCCUCUCGUGAAACCCAAAGCGGUUACUGUACCACAGGAAUUCAUAUUUCAACCUUCGAGAGAAGAGCGCAAAAGAGGCGCUUCGAAGGAACAUAUCGACACAGUGAUCGAAAUCCCCCAACAGAAAACCUUCGAUGUUCCCGUAGACAAGGAUGCGACGACAGAUUUGGAGCAAAUCCGACGGUACUCCUCAUCGCCUGCGACCCCGAAAGAUGCCUCGCGAUUGAAAGCGAAAGCAUGA